GGAAACAACAGGGCAAGGCGUCUUAAUAAACGCCGGUCUCAUUCUUUCUCUCCAUUGUUUCUCUUCUCAAAAUUGUCUAUUCUAAUUUCGUUUGGCGAAAAUCUCUGCGACAAUGAGAGAGUGCAUCUCGAUCCACAUUGGCCAGGCCGGAAUUCAGGUCGGAAAUGCCUGCUGGGAACUUUACUGCCUCGAGCAUGGCAUUCAGGUUCAAAAUCUGAUUUGGAGAUUUCAAGCCGAGAUGUUGUUGGUUCAUCAGAACCUUUGGAUGAAACUUGAAAUUUUCUCUAAAUAUUUUGUUGAAACUUUGUUCUUGGAUCUUGAUUUUAUGACUGAAUUUUCUAAUUCUUGAUUGCGCUCUUUUUU